AUGACCAUGAUGAAUAACAAUAAUAUUGUUAAUAAUGAUAAUGGGACAAUAAGUAUAACAAGUAGUUUAUUAAGUAACAAUGAUAAAAAUAUUAAUAUAAAAUCAAAAUUGGGAAUAAAUAAAAAUGGCAACGUUGGUGGUGGGUUGCAUGAAUCUUAUCAGAAGUCAAUGCUAUCUUCAUAUAAUAUGAGCAAUGUUUCCAUGCCAUCAAUGAAUUACCAUGGUAGCAAUAAUGUGAUGAAUAGGUAUAAUCCUAUGAAUUAUCCAUUACAAGAAAUGAAUCCAAAUUUACAAAUGAGUAAUAAUAAUAUGAAACAAAAUUCUAUGCAAGGUAAUGAUAUGUUAAUAAAACAAAAUAAUAAAGAUCAAAAUUAUAUGUAUUAUCAAAGGAAUAAUUCAAAUAAUUUUAAUAAUAUGCAUGGCAAUUUUUACCCAUAUAUGAAUAAUGGAUUUUAUGGAAUGUCAUCAGCAAAUUGCUAUAAGCCCAAUUCUACAAAUGUAGCAAAUAAUAAUAAUACAAAUAAUUUUAAUCAAAUGAAUGGAUCUUUUCCAUAUGAUAAUACAAUAAGAAGUAGUGUUGGUUCUAGUACAGCUCCUGGUGGUGCUAACAAUACUAUUUCAAGUAACAGUAAUAAUCCAAAUUUUGUGAAGACUUUAAACUCAGUAAAUUAUGGUGAUAAUAUAAAUUUUAAUUCAAUGAAUAAUAUAUUAAAUAAAGAUUCUGAGAAAUUGGAUAAAUCAUCUCAAAUGAAAUCUUUAUCAAAUAACAUGAAUGUUAAUAAUACUGCUACUACAAGCGGUACAAAUAACAACAGUAAUAAUAUUCCUCCAUAUAGGUUAAACAGUGAUUCACAAUUAGAUAAAAAAAAUUCUAUAGAUGAUAUGAAUAAUAAUACACGAUACCAUCCUAUGAAUAUGUAUAAUAGGAUGGAAUAUGGUUAUGACAAUUUUAAAGAUGAAAAUGGGGUAGAUAAAGAUAAAGCUAAUAUCGAUAAAUCUAGCAACAGUAAUAAUUCUAAUUUAUUAGGUGAUAAUAAAACAAAUUCUUCUAUUUCUAAUAUUAGAAAGGGGAAUAAUAAAGAUGGUGCGAUAGGAGAUAAUAAUAAUAGUAAUAAUGAUUCUGAUUCUUAUAAAAAAUAUAAAAAUGAUGGAGAUGGAAAUCAUAAUAAAAUGAAAGAUGGAAAAGAUAGUAAAUUAAAUGAUUCGGGUAAUAGCAAUGCUAAUAAUUCAUAUUCUAUGUUUCCAAAUUAUAAUUUAAAAUAUCCAAUGAAUAUGAAUAUGUUUAAUAAUAUGAAUAAUUUUAAUAUGAGCAAUAAAAUGGGUAUAAAUAAUAUUGGUGGUGUAUCUAAUAUGAAUGCAGAAGGUGGUAAUUAUCAAAAUUAUAAUUUAAUGAAUAAUAUGAGUGAUUUGAGUAAUGCAUAUAAUAGUAUGGGCAAAUUGCCAAAUGUGAAUAAUUAUAAUAUGAUGAAUAUGUAUGGUGAUAGUCGAUAUAAUAAUAAUAGCACUAACAUGAAUGCUGGUGUUAAUAGUAAUAUGAUAAAUAUGAAUAAUUAUAAUAAUAUGAAUUAUAUGAAUAUGAGAUUAUUAAAUGGUCGAAAUAUUCCAAACAAUAUGAAUAAUGGUGAUUUAAGUACAAAUUAUAUGACCGAUGGAAUGGGGAAUAGAAUUAUUAACCAUGAUCUAAAUAAUAUGAGCAUGAAUGAUGGAAGUUUAAACAAUGGUAAUAAAUAUGUGAGAAAAACUGCUAUUGGAAAACAAUACGUGACUAAUAAUGUUGCUUCUAGCUCUAUGAAGAAAAAAAUUGAAGCACAAAAAGAUAAGAAGAAAAAAAGAAAAAAGAAAAGUGAAAAUAGUUUAGCCGAAUCAGAUGAAGAAGACGAUAAUGAUUUGUAUAUAAAUUCUUAUGUUAAAAAAUCGGCACCUAAAAGUAGUGGUAGUAAAAGUUGGCUACAAUACGAUAGUGUUGAAGAUAAAUAUACUGAAAAAAUGAAACGCCAUGAGAAAAAUGAUAUUUUUAUUUCUCCAAAUAUUGGCGCAGUAGGAGGUAGAACAAAUUUAAGAGAAAGGAAAAGAGUUUAUAAUUAUGCACAAAUAGAUAAUUAUUAUGAAACAGAUGAAGAAGAUAAAAAAGUUGAUGAAGAAAAAAAUUUACUUAAACAAGAAAAACAAAGUAUGGGAGGUAUUGAUCGUGUUAUUCAUCAUAGGAGAAUAAAAGAUUGGGAUAUUAUUAAUAGUAUUAAAAAUAAUCCAUUUUUAUUUAUAAAUAGAAAGAAACCUGAAGUGAGUGAAAAUGGUGAUAGUAAAAAAAAUGAAAAUUUAGUAGGAUCAACAGAAGCAUCAUCGGAUUCAUUAAAUACUACAGAAGCGGGUGGAACAGAAGAUGCUCCUGAUGUUAGUUGCCAUAAAAUAUUAGGAGGUGUUGAAAAUAUUGAGGAUCCAGCAUUAGACGAUUUUUAUGAAGAAGAAGAUAUUGUAGAUAUAAAUGAAGUUGAAUUUUUAGUAAAAUGGAUAGGCAAAUCUCAUAUUCAUAAUUUUUUUUGUACUUAUGAAUAUUUAAGAUAUUUUAAUGGUGUAAAGAAGGUUGAUAAUUAUAUUAAAAAGAUUCGAUUAUCAUUUCAAAAAAGAAAAUAUAUGACAGCAGAUGAGAUUGAGCAAGAAAAAAUAUAUUCUGAAAUAAAAAAACAAAUAGAAAUGGAUUCAAUACAUGCCGAAAGAAUAGUAACUCAUAGGAAAUGUGAGAUUACAAAUGAACAAUUAUUUUUAGUAAAAUGGACAAGUUGUGCAUAUGAUCAAUGUACAGAAGAAACAAGACAAACAUUAUUAGAUCAUAAUUUUGGAAAAUUAAUAGAAGAAUAUUUUGAUAGAGAAAGUAAAAUAUAUGGUGCUAAAGCAUUGUCGAGUAUAUGGAAUAGAGGUCCAUUAACUGCAACAAAAUUUGAUCCAUAUAAUGAGACCCCAAGUUAUUUACAAGGUAAAAAAUUAAGAGCCUAUCAAUUAACAGGUUUAAAUUGGAUGGUUAGUAGAAUGAAAAGAAAUUUAAGUGUUUUAUUAGCAGAUGAAAUGGGUUUAGGAAAAACUGUUCAAACAAUUGCAGUAGUUGGCCAUAUGUUAUAUAAAGAAAAAUUGAUAGGGCCUUAUUUAGUGUUAGUACCUCAAUCAACUGUUGAUAAUUGGCUAAACGAAUUUAAAAACUGGUUGCCUCAAGCUAAUGUAGUAUGUUACCAUGGUAAUGCAGUAAGUAGAGAAUUGAUAAGAACUUAUGAAUUAAAAAAAGUAUAUGUACCAAAUAGAGGAUAUCGAUAUAAAUUUGAUGUAUGUAUAACAACUCCAUCUAUACUUAAUAGUGUAAGUGAUGUUGAACUUUUGAAAAGAAUACCAUGGCAAUUAAUGGUUGUUGAUGAAGCACAUCAAUUAAAAAAUCGUCAAUCAAAAAGAUUUAUUGAAUUGAAACAAUUUAUGGCAGAAUCUAAGCUUUUGCUUAGUGGUACGCCAUUACAUAAUAAUUUGGAAGAAUUAUGGACUUUGUUACAUUUUUUAAAUCCACAACAGUAUACAUAUUAUGAAGCAUUUCAAAAAAAAUAUAAUGAGAUUGAGAAUACUAGUUUAAUUGGUGAAGCUAAACAAAAGCAAUUGAUGCAAUUACAACAUGAAUUACAUGAAGUAAUUUUAAGAAGAGUAAAAAAAGAUGUUGAAAAAUCUCUUCCAAAUAAAGUUGAAAGAAUUUUACGAGUUGAAUUAUCACCAAUACAAAUAGAAUAUUAUAAAAACAUUUUAACAAAAAAUUAUGAACAACUAGCUAAAGCAUCCGGUGGUGCAAAGAAUUCAUUACAAAACAUAUGUAUGGAAUUAAAAAAAGUAUGUAAUCAUCCAUUUUUAUGUUGUGAGCCAAUUGAUAAAGAUGAAUAUAGAGAGCGAUUAGUAUAUUCAAGUGGAAAAAUAUGUUUAUUAGAAAAGCUAUUAAUUAGAUUAAAAGAACGAGGGAAUCGUGUUUUAAUUUUUUCUCAGAUGGUUAAAAUGUUGAAUAUAUUGAGUGAGUAUUUAACUUUAAGAGGUUUUAAACAUCAAAGAUUAGAUGGUACAAUGACGAAGGAGAUGAGAAAAAAAGCUAUGAAUCAUUUUAAUAGUAAGAAUUCUGAUGAUUUUGUAUUUUUAUUAUCUACAAAAGCUGGAGGAUUAGGAAUUAAUUUAACAUCUGCCGAUACAGUUAUUAUAUAUGACUCUGAUUGGAAUCCACAAAAUGAUUUACAAGCUGGUGCUAGAGCACAUCGUAUAGGACAAACAAAAACAGUGCAAAUAUAUCGUUUAGUAACAAAAGAUUCAAUUGAGCAAACCAUUUUAGAAAGGGCAAAGGUGAAAAUGGUUUUAGAUACAUUAGUUGUUCAAGGAUUAAAUAAAAAACAAAAUGAUAAUGUAAAUUUUAUUGGAGGAGAAGGUAGUAAUUCUUCUAAUGGUUUUACAAGAGAAGAAUUAUCAAAAAUUCUUAAAUUUGGUUCUCAAAAAUUAUGGGAAAAGAAUAGUUCGAAAUAUUCACCACAAGAUGGAGAGGAUGGAAAAAAUAUUAUAAAAGGUGUUGAUGUUGAUUUAGAUAAGAUUUUGGAAGAAGCAGAAGCUAAUGAGACGACUAAUAAUGCAAAUAAAGAUAUAAAUUCUGAAUUAAGUAGUUUACAAAAUGGUUCUGGUAGUAGUUUUUUUAAUACUAAUAGCAAUUUGUUUGGUGGUGCCGCUGCUGCUGCUGCUGCUGGUGGAGGAAUUGCUGAUGAUUUAUUAAGUUCAUAUAAUAACAUUACUGAGUUUAAAUAUGAGCCUCCUGAAAAUUUAAAAAGCAAUAUAUUAUAUAAUGAUUCAACAAAACAAGGUGAAAUAGAUAUAGAGGAGAAUGAUAAAGAUUUUUGGGAUAAAACAAUACCUUUAGAAGAACGAUUGAAAUUAAAAAAAAUGAAAGAAGAAGAGUUAUUAGUGCAUGGUCCUAGAAAAACCCGAACCCGAGAUGCUAGAUAUAACCAAGGAUUAUAUUAUGAUGGUGGAGCAAAUAAUAAUAAUAGUGAUGGAGAUGAUAGUGAUGAAUUUACAAUUAAAUAUACUGAUAAAUAUAAUAAGAAUUUAAAUAAAAAGAAACGAAAAAGAAGAACAUCAACACAAAUUACUGAAAAAGAUAAAUUCCGUUUGUAUAGGUCUUUAUUAAAAUUUGGUAAUCCAACAUUACGUAUUGAUGAUAUACAAUUUGAUUCCAAAUUAAUGAAAGUCGAUAGAAAUGUAAUUUUAACUGAGUUAAAUAUUAUUGUAGAUACAUGUAAAGAAAUAGUAGAAAGAGUAGGUAGCAAUAAUGGUCAAGGAGCUUUAGCUAACCCGAAUGUAAAAACUGAUAAUGAUGAACAAAAUGAAUAUAAUGAAGAUGGUGGAAAUUCGGUAAAUGUAAAGAGUAAUGAUAUGAGUACGGAGAUAAAAGGAGAGAAAGAUCAACAAGCUGAAGAGGGUAAUGAUGAAAAUGAUAAAAUUACAAGAGGAAAAAGAAGUACUAGAGGCACUACAGUUUCAUCUACUGGUGAAAAUGGAGCAGGUGAUGAUUCUAAGAAGGAUGAAAAUAAUAAUACGAGUAGUGGGUUCUUUUCAAAAUUUAUGAAAUUUACAAAAGGUAGCACUGAACCUAAAAGGGAAGAUGAAAUAGAAGGAAAGGGAAUCAAAGCAAAAGCUGAAGAUGAUACAGUUAAAGAUGAAUUAGAUGAUGAUAUAGUGAAAGAUGAAUUAAAUGAUGAAAGUGAUAAUAAUAAUAAAACAAAAGGUGAAAGAGGAAGAAAGAUAGAUGCAUAUACAUUUUAUAUUGGUACUAACAAAGCUAAUGCUUUAGAUUUAUGUCAUAGAUUACAGUUAUUUAAAAGUUUACAUGAUUUUAUAAAGGAACAAAAUAAUGAUAAUGAAUAUAGUUUUAGAUUACCGUUAAUACCUCUAAAUGGUGCAAAUGUUGAAGGUGGAAAUAAUACCGCUGUAGUUGAUGCUGCAGGAGGUAAUAGUAAAAGCGAUGGAAAGAAUGAUAAAGCAAAAAGUAAAAAAGACGACCCUGAAGUAACUGCUACUACUGCAAAUACAGAAGGAGAAGAAGGAAAAACUUCUAAUGGAGGUGAAGGUGCAGAAUCAUCUAUGCUUGUUGAUGGUAUAUCCUCUGGUGAUUAUUUAAAAUUAAAAUUACCAAAUUAUAUAUUUGACCAUUUGAGAGAUUUAUCUACAAAAGAUGUAAAAGCAUGGACUAAAGAAAAUGAUGAGAAUUUAAUAAAGGGAGUUUAUAUAUAUGGUUUUGGUUCAUUUAAUGAAAUAUGUGUCGAUCCGAAUUUAAAUUUAGAGCAUAUGAAAAAUAUAAAAUGGGAUAAGAUAAAAAUGCGAUGUAUAAAAAUAUUGAAAAUGAUAGAGGAAUACACUUCUAGUAAUAAGGAUGGAACAACUGGUAAGAAACGACGACGAGCUAGAGGAAAAAAUAAAAAUAAUGAUGAAAUAAAAGAUGAGUAUGGUAAUAAUAAUACAUCAAUUAAAUUGGAAGAGAAUGGUGGAACAAGUAAAGGGAACAAUGCAAGUGGUAGACAUACUAAUAGUAACUACGGUCGAAGGAGUAGUGAACGAGUUAAAGCUAUUUAUUCACAAGAAGAUAAAGAAACUGGAGGAGUAUUAAAAAAACGAGCAAUAUCUUCGAGAAAGGGAGAAAGAGAUAAUAAAAAUGGGACAUCUAAAUUAGAGAAUGUAUAUGAUAUUAAUAAUAAAGGAGGGGAUAAUACAUUAUUAUCAUCAUCAACAGCUGAUAAAAGAAGGAGAAGAGGUGUUUCAUCGAAAUCUUCAAAUGUAACAUUAAAAAAUGAAAAAUCAAAUAGCAAGUGUGUUAUUGAAUCUUCUGAAUGUUCUUCUUCAAACGACCAAAAAAGUAAUGAAAGUGAUGAUGAUGACGAUGAUGAGAGCAAUACUAAUAUUGUAAAAAGAUCGGGUCGUAGUGGUAGUAACAGAAGUAGUAGAAUGAAUUCAUAUGAAAAUUAUAAAUUAACUAGACGUAGAAGUACUAGAACCCGUAGAGGAGGUAAUGAUUCCAUUGUGGGAAGUGAAUGUAUAAAUUCAAUUGAUCCCGAUGGAGAUGAUGAAUAUUAUAAUGAUCCAAAUGAUCGAAAAAAAUUAAAAAAAAAAAAAAAAAAAAAAGAUAAAAAAAAAAAGUUAACAGAUGAAGAAAUUAUAGAAAUAAUUAAAAAUACAAAUUUAAGAGAAAUGGAUCAACAUAGUAUAAAUAAAUUAACAAAAAAACCUUUGAAAAAAUAUAAAAAAUUAUUAAAAAUAGUAAAAAAGGUAUUAUCAUCAAUUGAAAUGGGAGAAGUUGAGGAAGAAGAAUCUGAAGAAAUUCGUAAAAAAACGGAUGAACUUAUAUUUUAUAUUGGUAACUAUAUUGGUGAAUUUUUUGAUCACUGUGCAGAUAGUGAAUGUAAAGAUAUAUUAAAUAAUUCGGGUUGGGAAUAUAUAUCUAAUUUUAUGAAUGAAACAAGUGAAAAUUUAAUGGCAAAAUAUGAAGAAUUAAAAUCGUCAGACUUAAAAGAUAGUAAUAAUGGUGAUAUAACAGAAGAAAAUAUAAUUUCAUUCUUUUACUCUAAAAAAGGUUCGGGUUCACUAUAUCCUGAAGAUGAUCCAGAUGAUGGAAUGGAUGAAUAA